AUGUGUAUAACAGUCGACGAGCUGUUGAAUCAUAAAGAUCGCUUGUUGGAAGAUCUCAAGGCGGAGUGUCUAGAGGACAUUGAGGGUAAACUGUUCACGCCUGGGUACGAUGCAGAGGGGAAGGUUGAUGCAAAGGCGGCAUGCGAGACCGCGGCGGCUAUCGGGAAAGAAGUGAAAGAUGAUGUCAUCAGCAUGUGUGACUUUGGCCCUGAGGGUGUGUCCAGGAUACAUCCACUUGAGGGGCUCACUCCGUAUGAGAAGGGCCGCCUUGAGGAGGUGAAGAGGAAGUUGAAGGGUGACAUUCAGAAUGUUGAUAAAUUGAUCUUGUCCGUGAUUGUGAAAACAAGGACUCAUGUUACUACUCAUAAGCACAUCUUGAGUAUCGUCGACUUUGCUAUAUUUGACAGAACCACCUGA